AUGGGAGCGGGUGACUCCAGAUGCAACUGCGGCAUCUGCCACUGUUUCGGCGAUGGCCCCUUGGAACCCUGGCGCGGCACCGGCAGAUGCAUCCGUAUGCUCAUCAUCGCUUUAGACUAUGAUUAUGCCCCUGCAGCCGAGCUGACGUGCACAAAGGAUGCGCGCACCAUGUACAGGAUGGCGGGGCGAGCGGGCGUGGACGACAUUACCGUCAUCACGGACAAGGCCGGGGUUGGUGAUCCCAGCUUCCCCACACGUUCCUUCGUCCUCCGCCACAUGAGGCAGGUCGCCAAGCGCUGCGAGGAGGGGGACUGGUUCGUGUGGUUCUGGGCCGGGCAUGGCGUCAACGUGCCGGAUUUCAAUGGCGACGAGAAGGAUGGCUUCGACCAGGCCUUCGUCACGCCGGAUGCUAACGGUCGGCUCACCGAGUCUGCAGUCCUCAUCGACGAUGAGUUCGCUAUGGCUCUGGACACCUUCGUGCCAGAUGGAGUGCGCAUCCUCUGUAUCAACGACUGCUGCCACUCUGGGACGAUCUGCGACAUCGACUCCUUCAUGUACAAGCACGACAUCUACUCCAUCUCCGCCUCGCAGGACAACGAGGAGGCCGAGGACAUCGGUGAGGGCGGUGUGCUCAGCAUUGCGCUUCGGCGCGCCAUCCGCACGCUCAGCAUGGAGUACGGAAACAAGGAGUUCAGCAUCUUGGAUGUCUUCCAGCGCUGCAAGCGCUUCGCGGACCGGCUAACAGGACCGGUUGCAGGAUGGGGAGGUUGUGACAGUGCUUCUGUUGCAUCGAUGGUGACGGCUUAUGAUGCAGAGGGUGAUGCGUUGUUCAUUGGUGAACAGACGUUUGUAGGUCUCAUUUGCCAGAUGCACGUCCGAUUGCUGCUCGCAUGA